AUGGAUUCCCCUUCUCAAACCUUAACAGUAUCAUCCUACCUUUCGCUUGUAUUUUUCUUAUGGGCGAUAGUGUUUGUAAUAUUUCCUUUGCCAAUUAAAAUCCCUUAUUCUGAUCGUCUUCCAGUAAUUCCAAUAAUACAUCCAAAACAUGGCGAAAAGAUAAAAAUUUGGUUAAAUUUGGCUACAGCUCCAUUAAUUGCUAUAGUAAUAUUAUUAGCUACAAAGAGUAUAGGAUUUCAAGUUGUGGCAAGAGGAUUUUUAGGAGAAGUAGGGAUCCAACCGUAUAGUAUAAUGAUCCUAUUUUUUGCUUUGGCUUAUAUAUGCAUCUCUUUAGAUGUAACCGGCUUUGUAGAGUUUUGUGCUUACGGUUUCUCAAAUAAAAGUGGAAAGGAUGGAAGGAAGCUAUUCACCUAUUUUUUUAUUUUGUUUAAUCUUAUGAGUGCAUUUACAAGUAAUGAUGUGGUUGUAUUAACUGGAACUAUAUUCUUGGUAUAUUACACAAAAAUAUCAAAAAUCGAGCCUCCAACUGCAUUUUUGAUUGCUGAAUUCGUAGCUGCUAAUAUUGCAUCAAUGACUCUUUACAUAGGAAACCCUACAAAUGUAAUAGUAGCUCAAGCUUAUAGCAUCACAUUCUUAACUUAUAGCGCUUGGAUGAUCCUCCCAACCAUUACUUCUAUGUUUCUCGCUUAUAUUGCACUUUAUACAAUGUUUCGACGUUCAAAUUUAAUACCAGAUGAAGUAAAUUCACAAAAACGUAAUCCCAAAGAUGCUUUGAGAGAUAAAAAUGGAGCAAUAGUUGGUGUGAUAGUGUUAGGCAGCUGUUUGGUAACGUUAAUGGGAACUAGUUUCACUUCUUUAAGUGUAUGGAUUGUUACGUUACCUUUUGCCAUGAUUAUGUUAAUUAGAGAUAUUUGGUAUGAUUUGACAAGAGAUAAAAGAAGAGAUAAUAAUGUUAUGGAUGUAAAUGAGGACAAUGCUGAUAUUCAGGUUAUUGAAUCUGAAAGAAUUGAAAGAGAUAUGGGCCUAGAAAAAAAAAAGGAUGAAGCUAAGGAAAAUAAUGAGAGUAAAGAGCCUUUACAUCUGGAUAUAAAUUCCAAAAGGAAUGAUGAUGAAAGCGAACGUAUUAAAAAAAAAUCAAAUGAUUUAGAACGUUCUAUUACACCGCGUAGUAUCCCACUAUCAAGUUUAAACUCUAAAAAGAAAAAAUCGCAUUCAUCAAAAGAAGAAUCACACGAUUCAGACAACACAAACCGAGAAAACAAUAUAUCCCCCGAAUCAUAUGAUUCAGGCAACAUAAACCGAGAAAAUAACUUAUCCCCAACUUAUAAGGAAGAUAAUAAUAACGAUAAAUCAAUAUUUGAUGCAUUUAAAAAUACUUUACCGACUGUUUAUUCUGUGAUAAUAAGAAUGCCGGGAAAUUUAUUGCCAUUUACGUUAGGGAUGUUUAUUCUAGUUGAAGCGUUAUCAUCACUAGGAUGGAUUUCCAUAUUCGCAAGUGCAAUUUCAGUACUAACGCCUACGUAUCCAGUUGCUGUCAUCUCCAUUGCUAUAUUAUCAAUCAUUCUCUGCAAUUUGUUAAAUAAUUUACCAAUGACAGUAUUAUUAAGUCGAAUAUUGCAGAAUGAAAAUUUUGCAAACGCUCCGCAUAUAAUACAAAAUCCUGCAAUAAAACAAGGAUGUAUAUACGCGUUAAUUAUCGGAAGUAACAUAGGUGCUUGUCUUACAAUUGUAGGCGCCUUGGCUGGAUUGAUGUGGGAUAAAAUAUUAAAAGAUAAAAACGAAAAAAUUGGAUAUUGGCAGUUUGUGAAAUGGAAUCUUGGAGUUUUACCGGUAGUUGCCGUUGGAGCUUGUGGUGUUUUGAUAAUAGAACUUUGGGUUUAUUAUGAUAAGUUAAAUCAUUAA